AUGCCUACAGAACUGCCUACCUCGAACGGUCACACUGCCCAGGAUGGCGAGAACAAUUUCGCUGUUAAGGCAGGAUUGGCGAGAAUGUUGAAGGGUGGAGUCAUUAUGGACGUCGUCAACGCUGAACAGGCACGCAUAGCAGAAGAGGCCGGUGCAUCCGCCGUCAUGGCCCUUGAGCGCGUUCCCGCAGACAUUCGAGCCCAGGGCGGCGUAGCACGCAUGAGCGACCCCAAGAUGAUCAAGGAGAUCAUGGAGACCGUCACGAUACCCGUCAUGGCCAAGGCACGGAUUGGCCACUUUGUCGAGUGCCAGAUUCUCGAAGCCCUCGGCGUAGACUACAUCGACGAAUCCGAAGUCCUCACACCCGCUGACGCCAUCCACCACGUCGACAAGCACCCCUACAAGAUCCCCUUCGUCUGCGGCUGCCGUAACCUCGGCGAGGCCCUGCGCCGCGUCUCCGAAGGCGCCGCCAUGAUCCGCACAAAAGGCGAGGCCGGCACUGGCGACGUCAUCGAAGCUGUCCGCCAUAUGCGCCAGGUGAACUCGGACAUCCAGCGCGCUCAAGCAAUGUCCUCGACCGAACUCUAUACCUACGCGAAGGAGCUUGGCGUAGACUACAAUUUGCUGAAAGAGACGGCGAAGCUGGGUAGGCUGCCGGUGGUAAACUUUGCCGCCGGCGGUGUUGCGACGCCGGCGGAUGCGGCGCUGAUGAUGCAGCUUGGCUGUGAUGGUGUGUUUGUGGGUAGCGGUAUUUUCAAAAGCGGAGAUGCGGCGAAGAGGGCGAAGGCCAUUGUGCAGGCUGUGACGCACUACAACGACCCGAAGGUGCUAAUGGAGGUGUCUAUGGACCUGGGAGAGGCGAUGGUGGGCAUUAAUUGUGGCGAUUUAGGUGAGAAGGAGAAGCUCGCGAAGAGAGGGUGGUAG